AUGCGCUUCUCAAUAGCUCUGCUGCCUUGUCUUGGCGUGAUAGCAGGCGUUGUCGGAAGUGACGGACCAGCCUUCAUCCCCCAAAAUAUCGACGAUAUUCAAAAGACACUAUAUCGAGGCGAUUGGGCGGAUCGUAUAUGGAAGCAAAUCCAGGGCGUUUCGUCUUGUUCGGGAUGCCAGGGUCUAUUGUUGACAUUCAAAAACCUUGCGAAUCUGGGCGACAAAACAUUCGUACGUACACUUCAGGAUAUUUGCAAGAAGUCAAAGGUUGAAGAGGCGGAUGUUUGUGAUGGGACUAUUGAGCUCCAGGGACCCAUCAUUGCAGAGGCCUUGAGAAACGUCGCCAUAGGCUCAAAAACCGCACAACACUUCUGCGUUACGUUUCUUGGUCUUUGCCAAUAUCCUGCUAUAGAAGAGUGGGAUGUUCCUCUACCGCCUGAUAGGUCUCACCUAAAGCGACCAGUCCCAAGUGGGCAAAAUCCUAUCAAGGUCGUCCAUUACUCUGAUAUCCACGUUGAUCAGCUUUAUACUGAAGGGUCGAAUUCGAAAUGCAACAAACCCAUAUGCUGCAGACCCUUUACAGAAAAUGAUGAGCCUGGAAAGACAGACUCUCCAGCUGGGCCCUUUGGCGAGCACACCUGCGAUUCUCCCGUCUCUCUGGAACAUAACUUGUACCAGGCAAUAAAGGAGAUCGUCCCAGACGCCGCUUUUACUAUCUUCACCGGUGACGUCGUUGAUCAUUCGAUCUGGAACACUACAUGGGAUUACAAUGAGCACCAGAUUAUUGAAUCAUAUGAGAACAUGGACAAGCAUCUCGGUAUAGUUUACGGCACAGCAGGAAACCACGAGUCUCAUCCUACAAACGCCUAUCAACCUAGCUCUAUCGGCGACGCAUCGUCUUGGAUCUACGACCUUCUCGCCGGAACAUGGUCUCGCUGGAUUGGACGCGAAGCCGCCUCCAGAGUAGCGCAAAUGGGUGCCUACUCCACCAAAUAUCCCCAUGGAAACCUCCGUGUCAUUUCUCUCAACACAAACCUAUACUACCGAGGCAACUUUUGGUUAUUUCAGAGAAAGAUGAUCCGCGACCCUAGUAAACAGCUCGAUUGGCUUAUCGAAGAACUCCACGUUGCCGAGAAAGCUGGAGAGCGCGUUUAUAUCAUCGGACAUAUGCCCCUUGGUGAUCGGAAUGCAUUCCACGACCAAUCUAAUUAUCUAAAUCAAAUAGUGAACCGAUAUUCGUCAACCAUCGCAGCCAUGUUUUUUGGCCACACGCACAGAGACCACUUCCAGAUCACAUAUAACGAAGCUACAAAGAAGAGCUUCAACAAUGCUCUGCUCACAUCAUACGUUGGCCCUUCACUUACCCCAACAUCCGGCAUGCCAUCGUUUCGUGUUUACGACGUCGAUCCUGUCACAUUUGCAGUCCUCGAUGCCACGACUUAUAGCGCUGACAUGAACUCGCCGACGUAUCAGACCCAAGGUCCCGUGUGGAAGAAAUACUACUCUGCGAAGGAGACGUACGGUCCGCUUACGAACCCGCCACUGACGGACCUUAAAGCAGAGCUUACUGCAGCAUUCUGGCACAACGUCACAGAAGUAUUUGAAAAGGACCAAACGGCUUUCGACAAUUUCAUGCUACGUCUGAGCAGGGGUUGGAAACAGCCUGUGUGUAAAGACGAGUGCCGAACAUCCCAGAUAUGUUUGUUGCGAGCUGCACGAAGUCAGGAUGGCUGCGACGUCCCCACGCUAGGUUCUUCAUAUCACACAAGAAUGGGGGAUGCUUCUGAGAGGGAUGAGUGUGGUAUCUCUGUCAUCCAGGCGACAUUCUCUGCACUAGUAGCCAACGAGGGCGUCUUGAGGGUUCUGCAAGAGCUGUUGGUAGGUCUGGAGGUCAAGUUGCAUGAAUGA